ACACCGUUCUUUCUCAUCACCUUCUUCUUCCUCCUCCUCCUCUCAUUCUCUCUCUCUCUCUCUCUCUCUCUCUCGUUCGUCUGAAAACAAUUUCUGUGUUUCAACGAACGUCAACUUCUUAUACGCGUUUCUCUCCCUUUCAUCUCAGUUAUACUAAACCGCCCUUCUUUGACUCUCUGACUCAACCUUUCAUACUUCAAUUAACACACACACACACUCUUCAAUUCUCACACCCCGCAAAGCAAAAUCAUAUCUUCAUUCAUUUUUUCAUUCAUUCACAGAGACCAUACUUCAAAGCUUCAAUCUUUCAUCCAUGGGUUCCUCUUCUAAGCUGUUGUUUUUGUCGAUGACGAUGCUGAGUUUGUUACUUUCUCGAUGCCAUGGAUACACCACAUUCGGCUUCAGCAUACAUCACCGGUUUUCGGAUCAGGUUAAGGGCAUUUUGGGAACUCAAGGAUUGCCUCAAAUUGGAACUCCUCAGUACUAUGCUGCUAUGGCUCACAGGGAUCGACUUUUUCAUGGCCGGAGACUCGCCGCCGGAGAUCGAAAGCCGCCUCUCACCUUCGCCGUUGCAUUUUGCCAAUGUUUCUGUUGGAACACCACCUCUUUGGUUUCUGGUGGCAUUGGAUACCGGUAGUGAUUUAUUCUGGGUACCUUGUAAUUGUAGCAGUUGUGUGAGGGGUAUAGAGACACAAAAUGGAAAGAUUGAUUUUAACAUCUAUGAUAUUGAUCAGUCUUCCACUAGCAAGAAAGUUCUAUGCAAUAGCAGCUUGUGUGGUGAACAAAAACAAUGUUCUUCCUCUAGCAGCAGUUGUCAAUAUCAAGUUGACUAUCUUUCGGCUGAUACUUCAUCUAAAGGAUUCUUGGUAGAGGAUGUGUUGCAUUUGAUUACAGACGAUGAUCAAACAAAGGAUGCUAAUGCACGAAUUACUUUAGGUUGUGGCCAAAUUGAGACCGGUACAUUUCUAAAUGGGGCAGCUCCAAAUGGUCUAUUUGGACUUGGUAUGGAGAACAUGUCUGUUCCUAGUGUUCUAGCCAAACAAGGCCUUACUUCGAAUUCAUUUUCAAUGUGUUUUGGAUCUGAUGGUUUUGGAAAGAUCACGUUUGGGGAUAGCGGCAGCUCAGACCAAGGAAAAACUCCAUUCACUGUCGGGGCAUCACAUCCAACUUAUAACAUCACCAUUACCCAAAUCAUUUUGGGAGGGAAUGCUGCUGAUGUUGAGUUCUAUGCAAUUUUUGACUCUGGCACCUCAUAUACAUACCUAAACGACCCGGCUUAUUCACAAAUUGCUGAAAAGUUCGAUUCACUAAUGAAAGCACCGCGGCAUUCAUCUCAAUCAACUUCUGAUCUCCCCUUUGAAUACUGUUAUGACACGAGUCCGAACCAGUCAGUUGAAGUUCCGGAAUUGAAUCUAACGAUGAAAGGUGGAGAUGAUUAUCCUGUCAUGGAACCAACAAUAACAGUUUCUAAUGGGAUUGCAGAAAUGAUUUGUUUGGCGAUCGUGAAAAGCAACACUGUAAAUAUUAUUGGACAAAACUUUAUGACCGGUUACCGUAUUGUCUUUGAUCGCGAUAACAUGAAUCUUGGUUGGAAGCAAUCCAAUUGUUAUGAUGAUGUACUCACCAGUACAUUACCUGCUAACAAAUCACACUCUCCUGCUAUUUCUCCUGCUGAGGCCGCCAAUCCGACAGUUACAUCGGACCCAUUGAGAAAUUCUGGGAAGCUUUCGCCUAGUCGCUCGUCCAGGAUCAAACCUAUUUUUGCACUUAUGAUUGUACUAUUUCUACUUUAGACAAUUUUUUUUUUGCAUUCUUCAUGUUCAUUCCAUGAGUAUUAUUCAAAUUUAUAGGCGAUUUUAUUUUUAGUUGACCACACUAGGAGCCAUAUUGCUUCCAUUUUUCUUUUAUAGCAUUAAUUUUAUUAUGGUUCUGUAUAUAGUGCAUUCAUUACACAGCAUAGUUGUAGUCUUAUAGAAAUUUCCCUUAUAUUAUUCUUUAUUACACAUCAGGGGUCAGUUUGAUGGCUCUUUUCCCCCUCUUAACACUGUUGAGAUGUUUUUUCACUCUGGCUUGGACUUUUUUAUUUGAUGGAUUAAAACCUUGCAUUGAAGCAUGAUCUUAAUAAAGUUGAUGGAGAGCAGAAACAUCUUGAACAGAUUUGUAUCUAUAAUAAAAAGCCUUACAACUUGUUUAAAUUAA